AUGGAGAAAGUUAUUCGUGAGAUUGGUGGUUCGAGAGGCACAGGACUUACAUACAAAGACGACGAUGGAUAUACUUAUUGGAAAAAUCGACAAUGUCGAAUGCACUUAACUAUUCGUUGUGCAUCCUGGAGAGCUGGUUGUCGUGCAAAAGGCAAAGUUUUUAAUAGCGACACUUCGAAAGUUUUUUUGACGACAGGCCACGAAACUCAUCCAGAAAAUCAAUUGGCAUUAAGGGUCGGGCCACACUAUCCGUUUUCACCGGUCCGUUUGUCGCGUUGGUAA